AUGUUUUUCAAGCCCGCAGUUAUUUUGGCGGCUGUCGCCUCCUUUUCCAGCGUGCACGCAGCACCAACGAACGCGACAUCGACCAGGAACGCCGCUGCCCGUGCAGCAACCUGGGAAACCCAUUUCGGCCUCACCUCCUCUGAGUUCAGGGACGUCUCCCGAGAAAUUGUGGCUGAUGGGCUCCGUCUCACGUAUGUCAGCGGCUAUACUGAUAGCAGAAACCGUGUCCUAUAUACCGGCCUUUGGGAAAGGAGAUCGGGUUCCUGGCGGUCCACCCACAACGAGGAUUCGUAUGACUUCCAGCGGUCCUUCGAUAGGGCCCGUGAUGACGGCUACCGCCCCAUCCUCGUCAACGGUUAUACUGUUGACAGUCGGGCACGAUACGAGGCUAUCUAUGAUACAUCCCGUUCCCGAGGAUGGGAGUUCAGGCGUGACCUGAGCGCACGAGGGAUGCAAGAUGCCUUCGACACCCUGACCGACCGAGGUUAUCGCAUUGUCCAUAUCAACGGAUACGAGGUUGGCCGCGAGGCUCGCUAUAGUGGAAUCUGGGAGAGAGGAUCGGAUGUUGCGUGGGAAUCUCGCUUUGGCCUCACCAGCAGCCAAUACCAGAGAACGACGGAGGACUUAAGGAACAGAGGCUAUCGGCCCGUGCAGGUUGAUGGAUAUACUGUCAAUGGAAACACAUACUUCGCAGCCAUCUGGGACCAGUCGCGUGCCACCUGGGAGUCCCGACACGACAUGACUCCACAACAAUACCAACGGGAGCUUGACACCAUGACCCAGAACGGAUUUGCGCUCAAGGUGGUCAGUGGCUAUCCCACCCGCGACGGCGAGAGAUUCGCCGCCAUCUGGGAACGCUGA